AUGGAGAAAGACGGCGGCGCAUGGCUCGCGGCCGGUGAUUAUGAAGACUUUGUUCGGUCUCUCUGCUUCUCCGAUCCUCGACUGCGGCAGCGCGACCCAAAGGCGCAAAUCCAGCGCAUUCCCUUCACAGACGACGGCGUCAGAGUUGUCAAGCUCAGCCUCGAAAACGGCACCUUCGCAAGGACGGCAGACUUCGAUGAGCCGGCCAGUCUGGCCGCCCACUUUCGCAACACGGCCUCACUGCGCGGUCGGCAGAGCAUCUAUGUCGUCGAAGGCCUCGGCCCCGGCUUUGCGGGCGUGCUCGGCGAGCGCUUCUCGCUGCACCCGUCGUUCUUUGUGGAGCACGAGCGCGUGGUCGUGCAUAACCUCAACUGGAUGGGCGAGAGUGACGGCGUGCAGCUGCCUUCGGUCAUCCAAAGCCGGGGGCACUUGGAGAUGAAGUACUACGAGGUCGUGACCUUCGAUAGGAAGCCGACGAGCUUCCGCUGGGUGUGCGCCGCUACUGGAAGACACAUUGGGGUUUCUCGAGACUUCAGGUGGGACAACUCUCCUGAUGAGAUGGGGAACUACUUGAACGUGGGGGUUGUAAGGAGGAAAUGCGGUGUGUGGUCGAGGAGAACUGAAGGAGGCGGUUGGGACUGUGAGUAA